AUGGAGUUCUCACUCAUAGCUGCUCAGCAUUUUCCAGCUGCCUUCACGGAUUCUCCAUCUAAUGGCAACACGUCUCUGCAGACCUCCGUCUCCAACCUCAAUGCCACCUUCUCCCGACAAGAGGAGCAGGAGCAGGAUAGGAGGGAGGACAAAUUCUCCAGCGAUGCCAUCUGGCUGUGGGUGGCCGUCAUUGCAACAAUUGGCAACAUUGUGGUUGUGGCAGUGGUGUGUGCCUGUGCAUUUUAGACUCCGUAGAGUUCAAAGGACAUAGUCGCCCCCCCAAUCAUUAAAUUGUACUAGCUCAGUGACAGUUGUAGAUUGAUAGUUAAAAAAAAACCCUGGAGCAUGGAUCAGUCCCGACCUACAUGUAUAUUUAUCCGUGUUGGAUAAA